ACACCAAAGAAAAGUACGCACGAGACGUCAACUUUCCGCACGACAAUUUACCGCACAACUCCGCCAUUUUCUAAAGACGUGAAAAGAUGUCGACCGGAAAAGUCAAGGCUGCCCAGCUGUGGGGCAAGAACAAGGACGAGCUGCGCAAGCAGCUCGACGAGUUGAAGCAGGAAUUGGUGCAGCUGCGCACACAGAAGAUCGCUGGUGGUGCCUCGUCCAAGCUCAACAAGAUCCAUGAUGUGCGCAAGUCCAUCGCCAGGACUCUGACCGUUAUCACUGCCAACCAGCGCCAACAACUCCGCCUCUUCUACAAGAACAAGAAAUACGUCCCGCUCGACCUCCGACCUAAGCAGACGCGUGCUAUGCGCCGCCGGUUAACGAAGUACGAGGCCGGUCUCAUCACCGAGAAGCAGAAGAAGAAGCAGUCGCAGUUCCCACAGCGGGUGUACGCCGUGAAGGCCUCGGCAUAAAAAGUUACUCACUUGCACAUCACACGGCAUGGGUCACGCAUGGAGUCUAGGCAAAUGACAUAUUUUCUUCCAAAGGCGGCAUAGCAUAAGUCGAGUAGACGACAACAACUACCCAGCGUUGUCCGCUACUGAGAGUCGAUCCGGUUCAGCGGUGUACUUUAGUCACAAUAAAAGGGGCUUGUCCGGUCGAGUUGGGAUGGUGGAUAGACAAGCAUCGCUAUGCGAGAUGAAUAGCACGCUUUCUUCCUAUUCGCAAAAUCCAAAUUUCUCGUAGUGUCAUAUUUUCCGACGUAAAAAAUAUCCUUAAAAGCUUAUCUGUGUGCCUUCAGUAAUCAAGACAAAGACCAGCUUGGUGAUCAGCUCUUCAACGUUUAGGGGUAGUUCAAGAGUCACAUUUAUCAGACUUCAACAUAUGCA